CGCUCAGACAGAAUCCACAGAAUACGCGAGCCAUUCGUGAAGAGCGCGCGCGCACUUACGACACACGACACGAACGACUCUCGCGACCAAAUUUUUUUUAUAUUUACAUGGCAAUUGUUUGACUUUGAUAUUUAUUAUGUGAUAAUUUUUUACGUAAGCUCAUUUAAUCCUGUUUAUUUAAGAAUCUCCUAUAUAAUAUUAAUUAGUGGUACAUUUAAAAUAAAAUUGUGGGACCAAAAUGACAAUAAAAAAUAAAAAGACUAAACAGUCGUCCGAAGUGACUUCGUCCAGUAGUGCUUCGACGAGUGUCCAAAAAACAAGUAAAUCCACGUCGGUGCAACAAAGCAGUAACACCCUGCAAAAGGUCAGCUCUGGAAAGAAGGUGCGCUAUAUCGAUGUUAAGGUCGAGGAAGAUGAUCCCUUGAUGAUAACAGACGUUAGUGACCACACGUCGAUUGCCGGAUCAACUGUUUCUGAACAUUAUAACAGUCACCCGCACUACAUAAUCACAGAGGCUCCCUCAAUGAGUGAUCUUUCUCAAAUGAGGUCACAGGAACUUCAAGUAAGUGACAUGACGCAGUCAACAACCGGAGAGUUCGUCUCUAGCUCUGUUCAAGAAUCGUCAACUUCGCAACAAACCAGUUCUAAAAGCGAAUCGUUCCAGGCUACAUCAUCUUCUGUUCAGCGUUCUGGUUCGAGUCACAGCACACAAAGCCAAUCUUUCGAUAAAUCAGUAGAUUCUUCAACUUCGAAUCAGACACUGAAUACGGCUUUUAUUGACAGCUCAGCUAGAAAUGUAACAGAUUCUAGAAAUACUUUUUCAACAAGAUCUCAAACGGCGAAUGCGUCAAACAACUUUCUUCAGACUGAAAGACAAAAUUUGGUUAGACAGACAGCAGAGGGAGUGCGAUCGGUUAGUCAAUCUAACGUCGAUGAACAGCAAGGACUUGGACGCGAGAAUGUCACUUAUCGAAAUUCACCGGACCCAUCUCAAAGAAUACAGACGGUUCGUUCUGAUUCUUCUAAUUUUUAUGGCGGUGAAGGAAGCCUUGACAGAAACGUCAAAAGUAAGGAGUAUACAAGUACGUCUAAAACAAGUGAAAGCAAGAGUAGCAAUGUGACAAAAUCUUCUUCUUCCUCUUACGUGGUUGAAAUUGUGGACGGUAAAGAGCGUAUUAUUGACAGUUCGAAGAGAGAAUGGGGUGAUGCUCAAGAGCAUGCUACAAAUGAAUCGUACGCAAGCGUUAGUGGUACAGAUAUCAAACCUCAAUCAGCGUACAGCGUUAAAAACUAUGAUAUGAAAUCCAAAUAUGACACAGGCAAAGAAGGCCAGAAACCAACAAGUGAGCUCACCAUAAAGGAGGACUCAAAAUAUAUUAAAGAUGGAAAGCAUAUUACAACUCAUGCAAGUAUUGUGUCAGAGAAAGAUAACUUACGCCACCAGCAAUCUACUUCAACACAAGACCAACUGACAUCCAGUGAUGACCCUCGUCAUCCAAAACUUACAACAUCAAGCAAUGUUUACACUAAUAGUGAUAAUAUUUAUGAUCAAAAGAAUACCAACAUUAACCAGCAGACUCUUUAUUCAGAUCAAAAUAUGACAACCAACCAGCGAGAAGAUUACACCACUAAUACUACUAAUUACAACACGAAAAAUGUAUACACUGAUCAAAGGAACGUUUACAGCGAUAAAAGUCACACAGAUACUGUUGAAGAUGUAAGAAACAGUAAACAGAUAGUCACUGAUCGUAAGCGAAAUGUUAACCAAACCGAUUCAUCAAACUUCUACGGUUACGAUACUACCAUACAAAAUGAACUAAGGAAAGUCGGUGACAUUUUACAAGUGAAAGAUACAGACAAUAUAAACUUUUCUACCAAAAUACUUAAGAGCAAUACAAGCAGUGCUCAGCAGGCUACAACAUCGUCUUAUGUAGUAGAAGUUGUCGAUGGGAAAGAAAGAAUCGUGGACAGCUCACACAGAGAAUGGGGUGAUAAUAAAGAACAUUCAACAUAUGAAAAGAGUCAUAACGUUAGUGGACCUGGAAUCAAGCCCGAACAUGAAUAUGCUCGUCACGUACUAGAUAAGGAAUCUCAUUAUGAUACUGGAAAAAAUGGGAUACCGACUAGCUCUACAUAUGUUGCCGAAGAAUCAGCUUUAUACAAGAAUGGUAAAGAAAUAGCGUCUACGAAGAAUGUUUAUGGUGGAGAUUUUACUAAGAGAAAAGCAAUAACCGAACACGAUCAAACCGAUGAUAUUCACAAUAAACGAAUUCAAGACACUACUGAUCAAACUUACUCAACUGUAAGUGAAUCCAAAUCCUCUGAUACUGUUAGGGAUUCAAAGGAUGUCACUAAAACUACGGAUUUUAUUACCACUGAAAUACAAAAUCUGUCUAAAGAAUCAACUUCAAAAUCAGAAACUCAGACUAAAGAUACUUUGACAAGCUAUGAAAGAAGUACCGGGACGUGGAAUGGUAAAUUUGUUUAUGAAAAAGAUGAUGAUAGGCCAAAAAGACCCAAGGAAAUGUCACCUUUUGGAAGACCCGAACAACCUAGACACCAUCUGAAACGGCAAGAUACCGAAGAGAAUAUAAUUAUAUCAUCGAGGGACAUAAGAGAUUUUACGUCCAUAAGCGAUUUACGUAAAAUAAUUGAAUCAUCCCAAUCAACUAAAGAUGUGACAGUAAGUAAUAAGAAUAUCGUAAUAAAGAGGAAUAUAGAUGAUCGUGUGCUCAAAGAUAUUAUUGACACGGUUAAGAAGUAUCCAUUCAAAAGAAUUGAAAAGGUUUCUUUUGGGACAAAAAUUAACGAGGAUGUCAAAGAUUUAUACGAAGGCAUUGAUACUGAAGAAAGUACGGUAUUGACAACCACAACCGGAGAAACGACUAGAAAGUCUUUUGAAAUCGAAAAGAACAGAAGCCAAGUUGAAGUGACGCGGUAUAUAACUGAAAAUGGUGUCACCAGGAAGAUAACAACGUACGAAGAACCGAAAGUGGAUGAUAAAAUUAAGACGGACGUCUUCGUCGAUAAGAGCAAGUUAGACUUCAAAAACUUGACCGAUGUCCAAACGACCGAAGACGUAAUUCGCGAGUACGACGUGGUAGACCGUGCUAUUACAGAUACUACAAGGGAAGAUUACGUCCGCACUGUUUACGACGAGACCAUCAUAGAUGAUAGGAAAACUGUGCGCGACGAUCGAAUCACCACCGAAGAGACCGUUAUCAUCGAUGAAACCCGACCAAGACAUGGUGGCCCCAAGAAGCCUGACGUUAACAAGGAACAGUGCAUCUGCGAAAUGUGCACUUGUGGGCGUCACCGUUGCCCACACAACGAUGUCCCGGAGCCAUUGUUCGAUGUGGAGCACACGACGAGCGUGGUCUCCGCGUACAAAACUGACUAUGACGAAAAGCACGUUAGUCGCACCACUGCUGUUCAUCAUGAAGAUCACUUGCGUCUUGAAGGUGAUUUCCAAGAACCGGAGCGCCCAAAGUGGCAACCGGCUGAGAGGCAAAAACCAAAAAGGCCCGAAGACAAUCUCAAACCAGAAGGCGAAUUCGAAAGAAGAAAGCCCGAGGAGUGGCGUCCAGGCGAUAGAGCUCCCGUACGACGUCCGGAAGAUAAUCUGAAACCGGAAGGUGAAUUCAAUACACCAGAAAAAGAAUCAUGGCGACCAGCAGAAAGACAGAAGCCGAAGAAACCUGAAGAUAAUCUAAAACCUGAAGGAGAUUUUGAAAAAAGAAGACCUGACGAAUGGCGCCCUGGGGAUAGAGCUCCUGUACGCCGCCCUGAUGAUAAUUUGAAAACCGAAGGAGAAUUUUGGGAACCAGAAAAGGAACCAUGGAGACCAGCCGAAAGACAGAAACCUAAGAAACCAGAAGAUAAUCUAAAACCUGAAGGUGAUUUUACUACACCAGAUAAAGAAAAGUGGAAACCGGCGGAAAGACAAAAGCCUAAAAAGCCAGAGGAUAAUUUGAGGCCAGAAGGUGAAUUUGAAAAACGACAAACAGAUGAAUGGCGCCCAGGCGACAGAGCUCCAGUACGCAGACCAGAAGACAAUCUUAAGCCUGAAGGAGACUUUGAAAAAAGAACCCCUGAUGAAUGGCGUCCAGCUGAAAGACCUACGCAGAAAAAACCUAAAGAUAAUCUUAAGCCUGAAGGUGACUUCCAACAACCAGAAUCUGAAGAAUGGAGACCCGCCGAGAGACAAACUCCUAAAAAGCCUCAGGAUAAUCUCAAGCCUGAAGGAGAAUUCGAAACGCCUAAACCAGAAAAGUGGCGACCAGCAGAGCGUCCAACUCAAAAAAGACCACAGGAUAAUCUUAGACCAGAGGGAGAAUUCGAACAACCCGAACAAGAGGAAUGGAAGCCUGCUGAGCGUCCUAAGCCUAAAAGGNAAUGGAGACCCGCCGAGAGACAAACUCCUAAAAAGCCUCAGGAUAAUCUCAAGCCUGAAGGAGAAUUCGAAACGCCUAAACCAGAAAAGUGGCGACCAGCAGAGCGUCCAACUCAAAAAAGACCACAGGAUAAUCUUAGACCAGAGGGAGAAUUCGAACAACCCGAACAAGAGGAAUGGAAGCCUGCUGAGCGUCCUAAGCCUAAAAGGCCUCAAGACAACUUACGUCCAGAAGGUGACUUUGAAAAACGCCAACCAGAUGAGUGGCGCCCAGCUGAAAGAUCAGUUCAAAAGAAACCAAAAGAUAAUUUGAAACCAGAAGGCGAUUUUGAGAAACGAGAGCCAGAAGAAUGGCAACCUGGUGACAGAGCCCCCGUUCGUAAACCUGAAGACAAUCUCAAACCAGAAGGUGAUUUUACGACACCUGAAAAAGAAACAUGGCGACCUGCUGAACGACCGAAGCAAAAAAGACCUGAAGACAAUUUACACCCGGAAGGUGAAUUUACAACCACUAGAGCUAUCACUGAAGAUUACAAGGUAGUCAUUGGUGAAAGAGCAGAAAUUGUUCGCCGCGUAGACAACAUCAUAACCGAGGGAGAAUUCACUGAUACCACAACUAGCCGUACCGAAUACACUGCAAAACCAGUAGAGAGGCCAAAACCAGUCCGUCGUAAUACGUUCACGAAAAUUGAGGGUGAUUUUACGACAGAAACCACAUCGAAAUCGGAAUAUGUCGAUCAUACUGAUGUUGUCGAAAGAACAACGAUUGUUUCUAAGAAAACUGAUAAUUUGAUCCGAGAAGGUGAGAUAGAAUUUGUAACAUCAAAUCAGACAGAUUUCACUGAAAAAAGCACUCCUAUUGAACGACCACACAGGCGUCGUACCUGGACGAAAGAGGAUUUCGAAAAAUUCUACUCAACAGAAGAUGUGCAGACAGUUUCAACUACACAAGAAGAAUAUAGGAUCUACGAAGAAACCGAUGUGCGGCAAACUUAUAAGAAACCAAUAGAUAAUUUGAAACCGGAAGGUGAGUUUGAAACUCCCAAACAAGACAAAUGGCGCCCAGCAGAGCGACAAACCGCUAAAAAACCUGAAGAUAACUUAAAACCGGAAGGUGAGUUUGAAACUCCAAAACAUGAAGAGUGGCGACCAGCUGAGAGACCUAAACAGAAAAGACCACAAGAUAAUCUCAAGCCAGAAGGUGAAUUUGAGAGAAGACAACCAGAAGAGUGGCACCCAGCUGAAAGGCCAACUCAGAAAAAGCCCAAAGAUAAUCUGAAACCUGAAGGUGAGUUCGAACAGCCGAAACCUGAAGAGUGGAGGCCUGCAGAAAGACAAACCCCUAAAAAGCCUCAAGAUAAUCUCAAGCCUGAAGGUGAAUUUGAAACACCCAAACCAGAAAAAUGGCGUCCUGCUGAACGUCCAACUCAAAAAAGACCACAGGAUAAUCUUAGACCAGAGGGAGAGUUUGAACAACCUGAACAAGAAGAGUGGAGGCCUGCUGAUCGUCCUAAGGCUAAAAAACCUCAAGAUAACCUUCAUCCAGAAGGUGACUUCGAAAAACGCGAACCUGAAGAUUGGCGUCCAGCUGAAAGACCAAUUCAAAAGAAACCGAAGGACAACCUAAAGCCUGAGGGAGAAUUCGAACAACCAAAACAUGAAGAAUGGAGGCCCGCAGAAAGGCAAACUCCUAAAAAGCCACAAGAUAAUCUAAAACCAGAAGGUGAGUUUGAAACACCCAAACCUGAAAAAUGGCGACCAGCUGAACGACCAACCCAAAAGAGGCCCCAAGAUAACCUUCGACCAGAGGGAGAUUUCCAACAGCCUGAACAAGAGGAAUGGAGACCAGCUGAGAGACCUAUUGCAAGAAAGCCAAAAGAUAACUUAAAACCAGAAGGUGACUUUGAACACCCAGAACCAGAAGAAUGGCGCCCAGCCGAACGACAAACACCUAAAAAGCCCAAAGAUAACUUGAAGCCCGAAGGAGAAUUUGAAACACCUACACAUGAAAAAUGGCGACCAGCCGAACGUUCAUUGCCGAAAAAACCAGAAGAUAAUUUACGUCCUGAAGGAGAUUUUGAAAUUAGACGACCUGAUGAAUGGCGGCCAGCAGAAAGACCGCAACAAAAAAGACCAAAAGAUAAUCUUAAACCUGAGGGCGAAUUCCAACAGCCUGAACAAGAAGAAUGGAGACCAGCUGAUCGCCCUAAACCUAAAAAGCCUCAAGAUAACCUUCAUCCAGAGGGUGACUUCGAAAAACGCGAACCUGAAGAUUGGCGUCCAGCUGAAAGACCAAUUCAAAAGAAACCGCAGGAUAACUUAAAGCCUGAAGGAGAAUUUGAGCAACCAAAACAUGAAGAAUGGAGGCCUGCAGAAAGACAAACGCCUAAAAAGCCACAAGAUAAUCUAAAACCAGAAGGUGAAUUCGAAACGCCCAAGCCAGAAAAAUGGCGACCAGCUGAACGACCAACACAAAAGAGGCCCCAAGAUAACCUCCGACCAGAAGGUGAAUUCCAACAGCCUGAACAAGAGCAGUGGAGACCGGCUGAGAGACCUAUUGCAAGAAAGCCAAAAGAUAACCUAAAACCAGAAGGUGAUUUUGAACACCCCGAACCAGAAGAAUGGCGCCCAGCCGAACGACAAACACCUAAAAAGCCCAAAGAUAACUUGAAGCCCGAAGGAGAAUUUGAGCAACAGAAACCUGAAGAAUGGAGGCCUGCUGAAAGACAAACACCUAAAAAGCCACAAGAUAAUCUCAAGCCUGAAGGGGAAUUUGAAACGCCCAAACCAGAAAAAUGGCGUCCGGCUGAAAGGCCUACACAAAAGAGGCCCCAAGAUAAUCUUCGAUCUGAAGGAGAAUUUCAACAACCCGAACAAGAGGAAUGGAGGCCAGCCGAUCGUCCUAAACCCAAAAAACCCCAAGAUAAUCUUCAUCCAGAAGGUGACUUCGAAAGACGCCGUCCAGAUGAGUGGCGUCCAGCUGAAAGACCAAUUCAAAAGAAACCGAAAGACAACCUUAAGCCGGAAGGAGAAUUUGAGCAACAGAAACCUGAAGAAUGGAGGCCUGCUGAAAGACAAACACCUAAAAAGCCACAAGAUAAUCUGAAACCGGAGGGUGAGUUUGAGUCACCUAAACCAGAGAAAUGGCGUCCAGCUGAACGACCUACCCAAAAGAGGCCACAGGAUAAUCUUCGACCCGAAGGCGAAUUCGAACAACCUGAACAAGAGGAAUGGAGACCUGCUGACCGUCCUAAGCCUAAAAAGCCACAAGACAAUCUUCGUCCAGAAGGUGACUUUGAAAAACGACAUCCAGAUGAGUGGCGUCCAGCUGAAAGACCAACUCAAAAGAAACCGAAAGACAACCUGAAGCCGGAAGGUGAAUUUGAGCAGCCGAAAUCUGAAGAAUGGAGGCCUGCUGAAAGACAAACACCUAAAAAGCCACAAGAUAAUCUGAAACCCGAGGGAGAGUUUGAGUCACCUAAACCAGAAAAAUGGCGUCCAGCUGAACGACCUACCCAAAAGAAACCACAAGAUAACCUUCAUCCAGAAGGUGACUUCGAAAAACGUCAUCCAGAUGAGUGGCGUCCAGCUGAAAGACCAACUCAAAAGAAACCGAAAGACAAUCUUAAGCCAGAAGGUGAAUUUGAACAACCGAAACCUGAAGAAUGGAGGCCUGCUGAAAGACAAACACCUAAAAAGCCACAAGAUAAUCUGAAACCCGAGGGAGAGUUUGAGUCACCUAAACCAGAAAAGUGGCGUCCAGCUGAACGACCUACCCAAAAGAGGCCACAAGAUAAUCUUCGACCCGAAGGUGAAUUCGAACAACCUGAACAAGAGGAAUGGAGACCUGCUGACCGUCCUAAGCCUAAAAGGCCGCAAGACAAUCUUCGUCCAGAAGGUGACUUCGAAAAACCGAAACAAGAAGAAUGGCGGCCUGCUGAAAGACCAACUCAAAAGAAACCGAAAGACAACUUAAAACCGGAGGGCGAGUUUGAGUCACCUAAACCAGAAAAGUGGCGUCCAGCUGAACGACCUACCCAAAAGAGGCCACAAGAUAAUCUUCGACCCGAAGGUGAAUUCGAACAACCUGAACAAGAGGAAUGGAGACCUGCUGACCGUCCUAAGCCUAAAAGGCCGCAAGACAACCUUCGUCCAGAAGGUGACUUCGAAAAACCGAAACAUGAAGAAUGGCGGCCUGCUGAAAGACCAACUCAAAAGAAACCGAAAGACAACCUUAAGCCGGAAGGUGAAUUUGAGCAACCGAAACCUGAAGAAUGGAGGCCUGCUGAAAGACAAACACCUAAAAAGCCACAAGAUAAUCUGAAACCGGAGGGCGAGUUUGAGUCACCCAAACCAGAAAAGUGGCGUCCAGCUGAACGACCUACCCAAAAGAGGCCACAGGAUAAUCUUCGACCUGAAGGUGAAUUCGAACAACCUGAACAAGAGGAAUGGAGACCUGCUGACCGUCCUAAGCCUAAAAAGCCACAAGACAAUCUUCGUCCAGAAGGUGACUUCGAAAAACCGAAACACGAAGAAUGGCGGCCUGCUGAAAAACCUGUUGUAAAGAAGCCUAAAGAUAACUUGAAACCAGAAGGGGAAUUUGAGAAAGCAAAGCAAGACGAAUGGCGCCCUGCUGAGCGUCAAACCCCUAAAAAACCUGAAGAUAAUCUGAGGCCUGAGGGAAAAUUCGAGACUCCUAAACACGAUAAAUGGACACCAGCAGAGAGGCAAACACCUAAGAAACCCCAGGAUAAUCUAAAACCAGAAGGUGAUAUGGAGGUUGUUAGACGAACCGAUUACACGGCAACUCGAGGUGAUCGUGUCGAUAUAGUGAGACACGAAGAUCAUUUGAAAAUGGAAGGAACCUUUGAUAUUCAUCGCUCUAGAGAUGACUACAAACGCAUAGAAAAAACCGAAAAGGUGGUAAUACAAAGACAUGAAGAUAAUUUGCGCACUGAAGGUGAGUUUAUUGAUCUUCAAACUCGCAAUGAUUAUAGUGCAACUAAAGGCGAGAGAGCGCCUGUUGUAAAACCUCAAGAUAACCUGAAACCUGAUGGUAAAUUUUAUAAGCCGGAGGUGGUUCCAUCACAACCGGCUGAAAAACGUAAGCCUUUCAGACAAGUCGAUAACAUUACAAUUGAACGAGAUGUUGACUUACUUCAUAAACAAAAAAUCGAGCGACUCGAUAUUAUUAGAAGAGAAGAUAAUUUGAAAAUAGAAGGAGAAUUUGUAGACAUGAAGCAAAGAAAUGAUUACAAUGUUACAACUGGUGAAAGAACAGCUGUUGUUCGUCACGAAGAUAAUUUAAAAAUGGAAGGAAAAACGGAACAUGUUCGUACCUCUGAUACAUAUCGUGUUGUAAAAGGACAAAGAGUGAAAUUAACUCGCAGAGAAGACAACCUUAAAAUUGAAGGAAUAUUUGAAGAUCACACUAGAAGAGAUGAUUAUAAAAUCAUUAAAGGCGAACGGUCAGCUAUUGUGUACCCUACUGACAAUUUAAGGCCUGAAGAUGAACAGAAACCUAAAGAUGGUCCAAGAGUAGAUCAAGAACCCAAAACCACUAAGCCAUCAGAUAAAACAAAACCGACUGAUAAAAUUAGUGAUUCUCGCCGCAAACCAGAUGAGACAGAUGGUACAAAAAUAUAUGAUAGUCCUCAUAAACGUAUUGAUGAUAAGCGUAAACCCACGACUGUACAAAAACCCGAAGAACAAUUUUCAGAAUCACUUCCCAGAGAUAAUAGAAAACCGGGUGAAACAGAAAAAUCACAGAGACCUAAAUGGAGUACACCUGAACGUCCCGAUCAGAUUAGACCAAAAGAUAAUCUGCACCCUGAGGGUGAUUUUCAAGAUAGACCUAAAACACAAUGGCAGCCUGGUGAGAUUCCAGAGCAAGUAAGACACAAAGAUAAUUUGAAACCUGAAGGUGAUUUUGACCGUCCGUCGAAACCACAAUGGCAGCCUGGAAAUCGACCCAGUCCUGUGAAACCUAGAGAUAGCCUUUACCCAGAAGGAGACAUGAGAUCACGCUCUCCGCCAAGAUAUACUCCUGGUGAAACUGCUACUCCGGUUAGGCCAAAGGACAAUUUGAAACCCGAAGGAGAUUUUGAACAUUCAUCUCGGCCAAAAUGGCAACCAGGAGACCGACCGAGUCCCGUUAAACCAAAAGAUAAUCUUUACCCAGAAGGUGAAAUGAGGUCGCGAUCACCAUCACAAUAUAUUUCGAGUGAAACGUCGACACAGAUAAAAACGAAACACAAUUUGAAGACAGAUGGCGACUUUGACAAUUCAUCUAAGCCAAAGUGGCAACCGGGCGAUAGACCAAGCCCAGUUAAACCUAAAGAUAAUUUGUAUCCAGAAGGAGAUAUAAGAUCUCGUUCUCCGACACGAUACACUCCAGGUGAAACACCGUCUCAGAUUAGACCUAAAGAUAACUUGAGACCUGAAGGCGAUUUUGAUCGUCCGGAUACUCAGAAAUGGGUGCCAUCUGAAAAGUCUGGUCCCUUCAAGCCCAAAGACAAUAUAACCAGGAAUGGAGAAAUCAUUAGAGAAGACAGUUACAAAUCGAGUGAAGGGGUUAAAAAAAUUGUAGGUUCAAAAAUAAUAACAACUCGGGAUGACAAUGUGAAAUCACAGUUCAAUAAUCGUAAAACCACUGCUAUCCAUCAAGAUAAUAAAACGUUUAGCACGCAAUCAGAAACUCACACAAAACAAUCUCAUACUGAACAUUCUUCUAUCAAACAUGUUCACUCUGGGACCCAUAAAUAUAUCACUACGUCAGAGGAUAUAAACAAUCGCACCACGUCAGAAGAUAUAAACGAUCGCACAAUUUCACAAAAACGACCCGAAUCAACAUCAUCUUCGGAUAUCAUUGAGAGAACUCGAUCACCAAGCGUAAAUGAUCGUAACGUAGUUCGAUCAUCAACGGAUAGAAAAAUUAUAAACAAAACAGACAUCAAAAACGUUACUAAUGUUAGUACGUCUGUCAAGAAAACAAUCAAACAAAUAACGGAAAAGAAACUUAGAGGCGGUAAGUGGGUUACUGUUACAAGGAAUGUAGAAGUAGAUCUUGUAGCUGAUGGCGAAAAAGGAGGACCAAGGAACGUACGUCCAAUUCAAUCUCCCAAAGAUCAGCCGCAUGAUCAACCUUCUAAUUUUAAACAGAACGGUGGACAGACGAUUUCAAAAAUGGUCACGAGUGACCAGAAAACUACAUCAACAAGUCAAGAUAAAUCACAGCGUUACGACUUAGACACUAAUAGACAAGAUGUCACUAGCAUUCGACAUGUCUCCAGCGGUCAGAAAAUUAACCAAGAUACGGAUAGCAAUAUUCGUCAUCUAACAUCAGAACGCACCGUGACUUCUAGUGACCACGGAAUUACAUCACACCAGCAUACGCAGCAACAUAAAAAUAUUUCAGAAAGUCACACCCAUCAAACUAUAGGCUCCACUACUUUAUCAAGUAAAACUGAUCAAAAUACCUCUCAUUACACUCAACAUUCUUCUUCGGACAGCCAUGUGAAUAGACAAUUGCGAGGAGAGUCUACACAGAGAGUACUAAGUUCUGACCAAUCAUCGACGACAAACCAGCGUCACGUUUCAGAAAAACAUUCUCAACAUUCAACUAUCGAUAGCAAUGUCAAUAGGCAAGUGAGAGAAGGAUCUUCACAGAGAAUUGUAUCUUCAGAUCAAGUCGCUUCCACAAACCAACAUCAUACUUCUGAAAACAAAGCACAGCGGAACAUAAAUUCGACAACAUAUAUUACAUCAGGAAGCCGCGUAGAGCAGAACGUCACAUCUGCGCAACAUUUAAACAGUAGAAAUCUUAGUGAUAAUGUUACUAAGACAAGCAUUGAAUUUCAAAGAGCAAUGCACGGUGGUAAUGAUGCGAGCUAUUCAACAACUGACAAUUCUACUCGUAGUGGUCACCAUAAGCGCACCUCCGAUUUAAUCACGGACUCUACUUCGACAAAUUCAAUUCUGCAUCGCAAAGGUGUUUCUUCGGCCACUGAAGCUCAUCACACCACCAGUACAGCGGCAGCUGCUCAAAGAAAGAGUAUCGGCAAUCUAUCCGAACGUGGAGAAUAUAUAAGCAAUUCAACUCAGAGCACUGACAGAAAAAGCAUCAGUUCCAUGCAUCGUUCCACACGGGACAACAUAGGCGUGAUUUCGCAACACUCGGAAAGUGACUCCCAUCGCCAUCAGAUUAAAAGAGACGGCCAGUCAACUAUGACAGUUGAUCGUCAACCUAAGGCGGUUGUUCGAGACAAUCUUCGCAUCGGCGGAGAGUUUUAUGGUCAGUCAGAAGCGCGUUACGGUAGCUUCUCUCGAUCUGAACAAACACAAAGAACCGAUAGGUCAGAACGCGUCGAGCGAGUGGAAAGAGUCGCUCGUCAUGGCCAUAACACAUCGCAUUUUGUACUGGGUGACGGUAACACAAGUUAUAAGAGAGAAUACACAGCACAUGUGCACGGUGUGUGUCCAGCUACCCUGAUCGAGUCUCCACGCACGCCAUACAAGCAUACACGAGACUCUCGAGAACAUAAGUUCUACGCACAAAGAACGACUAAGACUCCACAGUGAAGUAACGAAAACUAACAGA